AUGGCCUCGGAUUUGCAUUUUGGAGCCCCGGUAGUUCCUGACAGUGAGGUUUGCCUUGACCUCACCUGGAUUUGCAAUCUUCUUCAGUACCUCACCGAGCAGCUUCCUUUUGCAUGGGCCUGGGCCUCGGAUGAUUGGGAGUUGAUUGCAUACGACCAGAUAUUCAUCCCCGAAAAGGAAUGUGAUCAGCUUUUGCACGUGUUGCCCAUUUUGUACCAACUUGAGCAUACACUGGCCCAAGAUAUCCGAUUUGACUCACGUGCCUCCAAGGAGUGGCACAUGCAGAAACAAGGAGAAGGUGUUCAGCAGCCCUUGAGAGCAGUUCUGUUUCGAACUUUGAUGGAGGAACUUCUGAAACGAGCCCAGCUUCUCAAGUUCGACGCGCCAGAAGACGCAUUGAUCAAAGGGUUGAGGACAAGACAGAUCCUGACCACCUCCAACCAUUGGAACUUUCUUGGAUGGGAUCACAAUUCCAAGUGCCUCAAGCCCACGAAACAGGAUCUCUUGAGCUCCCCACAGCUGCACGAAAUGCUUCAACGGAUGAUUCAGUUGUCCACUCAGGCACAUGUCUUUCAAAAGUUUGCGGCCAUGAAGCCAAUGCCCAAAGAAUUCCCCGGGGAUCAACAGAUCUCAAUCGCAUGGCGCCUCGACAUUUCUGUCAGGACACCCGAAAGCUCGGAGCUCUGCAAUUUGGUGAACAAGUUAUGCGGCAACGGGCUGACUCAGCUGGUGGCAAUGCGCCACCGGCCCACGGGCCUUCAGCGGAGCCCAUUAGCCAAUGCCAUAGCGCAGAAGCUGCGGAGAUGA